UGGGGGGUCAACGUUUGGUCACAUGUUUUCUCGAAUAUUCUCAGAUGCCGAGUGCCGAGCCGCGCGUCCCUCUCCAAUAAUGGGGAUUACCGGCGAUCAACGGCAAAGGAAGGAGGGGGUGCUUGGUAAGACACCUGUGACGACUGCUGCUGCACCGAGUACACAUAUCUUUCUCGACGCCGUCACCUCCACCGUUGAGCAACUAAAUCUAAUCUUGUCUUCUACUUCCAUCUCUUCGUACAUACGUCCUUUCUUUUUCAGUUCCCUCGUAAAUGGAGUCCUUUUCUGAAAUCACCCCGCUCUGGGAUCUCUCACAGGCAACGACUUUUUCCCAGCUUGCCGACGACGACUUUCUUGCUCUCUUGCAAAAGCAAUUUCCGAGCGCUGCGAACCCACCAUCGAAUCUCGGCGGAGAUUUUGCUGUGGAUCCUCAGAGUAUAUCACGAUUUUCUCUCCCCAGUCUCAACCCGCCCUCCGAAGACAGUAGUCCCAGUCCGCCUCGGAGCGGCGAGCCAAGCUCCAGCGUGCGGAACCAAGAUGAUGACGAUUCAUUCGUUCAGGGCGACUCUGCGCUGAAACGGAAAGCAAGUGAUGAAGACCUUGAAGAGGGACCGAGCCAGAAAUCCCAGCAUACUGCUGGCAACAAUAAAAAGGGAGCGAGCUCCUCCAAGCGCAAGUCGACUGGCAAUGGACCAGACGAGAACCGCCUCCUUAAGCGCAAAGAGCAAAAUCGUGCCGCUCAGCGCGCAUUCAGGGAAAGAAAAGAAAAGCAUGUUAAAGAUCUCGAGGACAAGGUCGCUGCUCUUGAGGCUCGUAAUGAGCAGACGACAUCCGAAAACGAAAACCUGCGUGAUCUGCUGGCUCGAAUACAGUCGGAGAACGUGGCGCUUAGGCAGGGGUCUUUCACUUUUCAAGUCCCAAAAACAGCUGGUCGCUCAAUACCCUCGCCAUCCACUUCCGCCACCUUAUCACCUCCUGAAACCUCUCUUUCCGCAUCAUUCAGCCGUAAUUCCCCAAAGCUGUCUCUCCAAAAGUACACAAAUCCUCUCGAUCUUAGUUCGUUGACAGCGUUUGAUCCGAGCGUCCUGGAUUUACUCGAUGAACCUCAGCAGACUGCGACAACAUCGGGAGGAGCAAUGGAGGUGGAUUUUGGCUAUAACAAAGACAAGGGCUAUCUUACCUCCAACUUCACGACCAUUGCUAGUAAUCCCGCCUUUUUUUCCUUGGCAUCAAUGUUUGACCCCACGCCAACGCCUUCCCCGCCGACAAGCAACAGCAUAUCGAAUUCCGAUACACCUUCGUUCAACUUCGACUUGAGCUCGCUCACUGCAUGGUCCCCGUCCUCGUCCCAUGAUACCGGGACACUGGAUGACUUAUUUGGUUCAUAUAUGGAUCACACGCAAGGCAUAGACUUGAACAGCAUUCUCGGCCCCCCGUCUUCUAUCAGUCCCAUAGUUCAUCAAGCGAAUCUCAAUACUCAUGUCACAUCACCUGAUUCUUCAUCUUCUUCACCUUCGUCUAAUGGCUCAGAUCCCAGUCUUUUUGGUACGCCCAUAGAAGGAUCUUCGUCGGAGUCAGACAUAGGACAUGACGAAGCUACAUGUCCGAAGACCAAGUCAGAGUGCGUCAGGCAUGUGGAUAGUGGCGGGUUAUCGCCAUUUGUGACAAACUCUUCCUUCUUCCGCAAAGCUGGUGACAAUACACUUGUUAGCGGGGUGUCGUGUCAAGGAUCGUCGAGCUUUCCUAAAACGACGAAGAACGACAGUAACAUUGAGGUUUUGAGUGCGUGGCGCAGUAUAACGUCGAAUCCCGAUUUUAAGGAUUGUGACAUCAACGAGCUGUGUUCAGAGUUCUCGAGUAAGGCUCGGUGCGAUGGGUCGAAGGUUGUUCUGGAACCCUCUGGCGUCCAGCAUAUACUGAAAAACCUAUCCAAGAACCGCGCAUAGAGCGGCUGCUUUUGUAUUCAACACGAUUGGCUUCCUCGUGUGUACUCCGCAAUAUACUCGACGCACCCGCCGAGUGGGUAUUCACAGGGCAGUCGGAGACGAUCAAGAGGUCUACCGCUCUACACCGAGUACUUUCGUUUUCCCCCAAGUUGUCAAAUAAAUAGGCUCACGACUGGGUAUCCCAUGUUGAGCACUGGGGGUUAUGGAACGCGAGGGGCAAGGCACGUACAGUCCUUUGUCUUCGGACAACGCACAUUUUGCAUAUGGGUUUCAUAACUUUCUUCGCUCAAGUCGUACCUGAUGUAUUUUUUAUAGCUUACUCUUAAGUCUCUUUUUCAUUUUUUUCCACCAGUAUCGACAUGUAUUCAUCUCACUCUGAACGAAACAGUGCUACCAUUGUAGAACAUGGCCAGCAGUAGCUCUA